AUAAUAAAGCCGGGAAUCCAUUCCGCGCGGAAAAGACUAUUUCACCCGCCGGUCCGAUUGUCUCUGGUCUGAUAUGUGAAGCUUUCAAAUCGAAGCGGAAAGGAAAGAUUGAACGACGACUGACAGUUGGAUUCAGAUUUCAUCUAAACCCCACCCCACCCCACCCUUUCUCAGCCACUCUUUCUCUCCCUUCUUCCUUCUCCUCCGACGAUGAGCUGGUGGUGGGCCGGAGCCGUCGGCGCCGCCAAGAAGAAGCUAGUCGAAGACGAGCCGCCGCGGACGCCGCUCAGCGUCGGCCUAGUCAUCGGCGUCACCGGAAUAGUCGGCAACAGCCUCGCCGAAAUCCUCCCUCUCUCCGACACCCCCGGCGGCCCAUGGAAGGUCUACGGCGUCGCCCGCCGCCCCCGCCCCGACUGGAACGCCGACCACCCCGUCCACUACGUCCAGUGCGACGUCUCCGACGCCGCCGACGCCAUGGCCAAGCUCUCCCCCUUGACCGACGUCACUCACCUCUUCUACGUCACCUGGACCAGCCGCGCCACCGAGGCCGACAACUGCGACGCCAACGCCGCCAUGCUCAGGAACGUCCUCGCCGCCGUGGUCCCCCACGCGCCGAAUCUGAGGCACAUAUGCCUCCAGACCGGAGCCAAGCACUACCUCGGGCCGGAGGAGUCUUGGGGGCGGAUCAAGCCGCACGACGCGCCGUUCACGGAGGAUCUGCCGCGCCUGAGCGGACCUAACUUCUACUACACGCUUGAGGAUGUGUUGAUCGAAGAGGUGGAGAAGAAGGAGGAGCUGACGUGGUCGGUGCACCGGGCUGAUGUCAUUUUCGGGUUUUCGCCAUAUAGCCUGAUGAACAUUGUGGGCAGUCUAUGUGUUUAUGCUGCUAUAUGCAAACAUGAGGGAGUUCCGUUGCGAUUUCCGGGCACUAAGGAGGCCUGGAGCUGCUUAUGGGCUGCUUCUGAUGCCGAUUUGAUCGCCGAGCAGCAGAUAUGGGCUGCGGUGGAUCCUUAUGCAAGAAAUGAGGCCUUUAAUAUCAACAAUGCCGAUGUUUUCAGGUGGAAGCAAUUCUGGAAGGUGCUGGCCGAGAAUUUCGGGAUAGAGGAGUUUGGAUUUGAGGAGAGUGGGGAGAGGUUCAAGUUGGAGGAGUUGAUGAAGGGGAAGAGUGGUGUGUGGGAGGAGAUUGUGAAGGAGAAUCAGUUGUUGCCGACGAAGCUGGAUGAGGUUGCGGCAUGGUGGUUUGUGGAUGCUGUGUUUACUGGGGAGUGUAUGUUUGGUUGUAUGAACAAGAGUAAAGAACAUGGCUUUGUGGGGUUCAGGAACUCUAGGAAUUCCUUUGUUACUUGGAUUGACAAAGUGAAAGCUUACAAGAUUGUGCCCUGAUUGUCGUCGCGUAAGCUUUUACCAAGUUUGUGCCUACAUUGUUGUUACCAGUUUAUUAUAGACUGCCAUUGGAGGAUUUUAUUGUGGUUUUGUUAUUCUGGUUA